AUGCGCAGCGCCACCACUCAGCAGAUGCUCCCGGAGAUCUUGGAGCUCUUCGACCGCGCGGACGAGGACGGAAGUGGCGAGCUUGCCAUCGACGAGAUGCGCCGUUUUGAAGAAGCAGGGCAUGUUCCCGAGCAAAUCCUGGAUCGGGCUUCCGUGAGCAGCAUGACAGAGCUCUUCAAUGUCUUGGAUGUGGACAAGUCCGGCGUCGUGACUCGUGAAGAGUUUGCGGAGGGGCUCCUGGACAUCUUGCUCCGGGACGUUUCUGUCUCCUCCCUGCAGCAAAUGAAGAUUCUUGGACAAGAUACCAGGAUUAAUAUCUGCUAA